AUGCGCCCUCUUCCGCAGAGGGUCUGUAUCUACUGUAGACUACCUCGUCGCUCUUUUGCCUCCGCCGUACGUCCUCCGAGCGCUCCGAAACCGACCCCGGACGUCAAGCAUAUCCGCGAGAAUGCCGAGCUCUAUGCUCAGAACUGUCGCAACCGGAACUAUCCCGCGCAUGCGGAAUACCCCUCCAAAAUACAGCAAUUGACCGAUGAAUCUCGAGAUAUAAACUCACACCUUGUGCCCGUCCGUUCACGAAUAAAAACCCUCGAGAAAACGAUUGGAAGACUCCGCAACCCGGCCGCGGACGCGAGAGAAAAAGAGCAGGAGCCCGCCCUUCGCGCCGAGGCGGAGCAGCUGAGAAAUGAAACUUCCGCCUUAUCAAACCGCAAGGACUCCUGCGAUGAACAGAUACACGACCUCGCCCUCUCACUACCGAACCUUACCUCCGUCCAUACACCCGUCGGCUUGGAGCCAGCCCUCGUGGAGUACCUCAACUUCGACCCUCAAUCCCCGCCUUCAUGGGUCAAUGAGUCUGACAGCUCACGCUCGCAUGUAUCUAUUGGCGAUGAGCUCGGUCUCAUUGACUUUAGCAGCGCUGCAACUACCACCGGGUGGGGCUGGUAUUUCCUCACCGGCGAUGGUGCCCUCCUAGAACAAGCCCUAAUCCAAUAUUCCCUGUCCGUUGCGCGCCGCCACGGCUGGAACCCGGUAUCACCACCGUCAGUCGUCUGGUCCUACCUCACCGAAGCUUGUGGCUUCCAACCCCGCGACCAGAACAGCGAGCAACAAAUCUGGGCGAUCGAGCAAGCUGAGAAGGACAAGGCGAAGCCACCACGAUCUCUCGCUGCGACAGCCGAGAUCCCUUUGGCUGGCAUGUACGCCAACCGUGAUAUUGAUCCGUCUGCCCUUCCAAUUAAGCUAGUGGGCCCUAGUCGCUGCUAUCGCGCCGAGGCUGGCUCUCGAGGCGUAGACACCAAGGGCCUGUACCGCGUCCACGAAUUUACCAAGGUUGAGAUGUUUGGCUGGGCUGACAACUCCCCCAAAUCGACUUCACCAACAUCAGACGACCUCUUUGAGGAUCUCCUCACAAUACAAAAGGAGAUCCUGACCUCCCUUCAACUUCCCUGCCGCAUCUUGGAAAUGCCCACCUCAGACCUCGGAGCCAGCGCUACCCGGAAACGCGAUAUUGAGGCCCUAUUCCCGUCUCGUAUGCGUGGUAAUGGUCUCGAAGACGCUUGGGGUGAAGUGACUUCCGCCUCCAUCUGCACAGACUACCAAUCGCGACGAUUGGGAACUCGCGUGCGCGGAGAGAAAAACCGCUUCCCGCACACCGUCAACGGUACCGCAAUGGCUGUGCCGAGAGUUCUGGCCGCUAUCCUGGAGAACGGAUGGAACGCGAAACAGAAGGUAGUCGUCCUACCUGAAGUCUUGCGACCCUUCAUGGGAGGUCAAGAAGUUAUUGGGAAAUAA